CUUACAGGACGGAUCGGUGUUAUUUUUGCAAAUGUAUCGUUUUAUUUUUCUUGUGUUAAUAGGGCUAUGUUUACACAUGUUGCCAGUGUUUGUGAGCCAGAGUAUUGUUCGCCAAGGAAUGGAGUUACGGCAAUCGGCCAUUAAUUGUACAGCGAAGUGCAAAGGAUCGGAGUGUCAUUCAAAUUGUACGGGUAUGAUGUCAUCUGCUUCGGCUGUAGGAUUCAAUGCGACAUCAAUAACCAUAGGAGAUUUGUCAACAGUUGAGUGCUAUGGACCAUUUUGCAAAUCUGCAUGCGACGGAGUGAUGAAUGUUUGUAUGUCAAAAUGCAUCGGGCGCAGCUGUGAAGCACUCGUAAGUUUCAACUGUUUGUUUCGAGAGGGUUUAUUCAUAAACAAAAGUAAACCUUUAAUUUUAUGA